CCUGGAGCAGUUGAUCUUGCCCGUGGCCUUCCCAGCCAACAGCAGCCUGGACCCAUGUGCAAAAGAGACUGUGCUGAAUGCCAUCAAGGAGAGCAGGAAGAGGGCUGUGGAGGAGGAAGAGGAGGAGGACCAGGCUUUUGGGAAUGAUCAGGAGAGCAAGAGAAGGCGCCAUGAUAGCAGUGGAAGUGGACAGUCAGCAUUUGAGCCGCUGGUAGCCAACGGUGCCCCGGCCUCUCUGAUACCCAAGCCUGGCUCUCUGAAGAGGAGCCUUGUCUCACACUGCCUGGAUGACUGCUCAAACAAGAGGUCACGCACCUCUUCCGUGAGCUCCCUCAACAAUACAUACGCUGGCGGGAUCCCAAGCUCCAUCCGUAACGCCAUCGCCAGCUCCUACAGCUCCAGCCGGGGCCUCUCACAGGUGUGGAAGAGAAGUGGUGUGAGAGUGUCCCCACUGUCCAGCCCAGAGUCCUCCCGCUCCCAGACGCCGGAGUGGCCUCUCAAGAAAGCCAGGGAAGAGGAGUUGCAUCGCUCCAACACUUCCACUCCAGUGAAAUUGGACAAGGAGCUGCAGACAGAGAAAGUGGUGGAGACACCGGUGCGGAAGAAGCAGAAUUCCCUGAGCCCGCCGUCCGCGUCGGGGGGCAGUGGGAAGCGCAAGCGGAAGAUCCAGUUGCUGUCAUCUCGCCAGGGGGACCAGCUGGCGCUGCCCCCGCCGCCUCAGCUGGGCUACUCCAUCACGUCGGAGGACCUGGAUGCGGAAAAGAAGGCAGCAUUGCAGUGGUUCAACAAAGUCUUGGAGGAUAAGACUGGCUCCACUGGAGCUGUGGUAGCGUCCCAGCCACCUUCAUCAACUGCACAGCCGCCCACUCUUGCUGUAUUGCUGGAGUCGAGUUCUCUGCCUGCCACCUCUGCUGACAUGAAGCCUGUGCCCGUGUUGAGCACGCCUGUCCCUACUCCCCCCUCCGCCUCAGGGGUGCAGGCCCCCAGCAGUCUGGCACCUACUGUGUUCACGGAGCUGAGCCAGACCCCCAGCAAGCCUCCCUCCAUCCCGAAGCCAAGCAUCCUUUUUGGAAUGCUGAACACCCCUCCUGCCAGCCAGCCAGCAAUGACUGCAGCUGCUGCUGUGCCCACCACGACUGCUGCUGUGCCCACCACGGCCCCUGUCUUCAAACCUAUCUUUGGUGCUUUGCCAAAAAGCGAGAGCACAGCACCCUGUACAGCUGUCAUCUCCGCCACAGUCACUGUCUCUGCGAGCUCAGGCCUUUCCUCCACAUCCUCCACCACCACCAUGUUCAAGCCUAUCUUCGGCACUGUCACCACAGCUUCAUCUCCAGCAAAGGCCUCUCCUUUCGCCUUCAAACCAACGGCACAGCCAGCCUCAGCUGCAGAUCUGCCAGCAGCCUCCACAACUACCCUGGCAGGAUACACAGGUCUCCCUAAUGUCAUCUUCACCACCGCAGCUACGACUGCCACCACGCAGAGUUCCUCCAUGGAUGCCACCAUUAAACCUGUCUUCAGCUUUGGACUUGACCCACCUGCCUCCACUGGGCCUGUGUUCCAGUUUGGAAAGCCACCUCCAGCCACGGUCACUGCUACCACUAGUGUCCCAGGAGGCCCUGCCUUUGGCCAAGCGCCUUCAAACUCGACAGCUCCUAGCACCACUGUGGGCUUUAGCAUAUUUGGGGGCACCACGCUGACCUCUUCUACCCCAGCCACCACAGGUCAAGCGACGUUGACGUUUGGCUCCUCACUUUCAGCUUUUGGCAGUUCCUUCAGCACAAGCGCGAAGCCGCCACCACCGUAUCCUGGUGCAGCAAGUCAGCCCGCCUUCAGCACUGGUGCCACGGAGAGCCAGCCACCUGCCAGCAAGCCCGCCACUGGCCCUGUCAGCUUUGGCCCCCCGUUCAGUUUUGGAGCCCCCGCGGCCCAGUCCGCUGCUCAGCCAGCAUUUGGCAGCGGUGCUCAGCCAGCCUUUGGAACAACCAGCACCCAGGGCUCCUUUGGCACCAGCAGCACCCAGGCAGCAUUCGGGACCACCGUGUCGGUCUUCUCUUUUGGGACAGCCACCUCCACCACUGCCAGCUUCGGUACCACCCAGACCACAAGCAGCAGCACCGGCACCAGCGUCUUUGGCACCACCCCUUCUCCUUUCACCUUCGAGGCAACCGCCCAGCCGGGCCCCUCCGCCAGCGCCUUCGGGAUCAGCACGCCUGCUCUGAGCAGUGGCUCCCCCUCCGUGGCGUUCAGCUUUGGGGCUGGACAGAGCGGGGCAGCCCUGACGGCAACACCAUUCGGCUCUUCCCUGACGCAGAGCACACUGGGUGCACAGAAUCAGAGCACGCCCUUUGCCUUCACUGUGCCCAGCACGCCCAACAACAAGCCGGUGUUUGGAGGAACUCCUGCACCCACCUUUGGGCAAAGCACGCCCAUCCCGGGAGCAGUGGGGAGCGGAAGCAGUAGCCUUUCCUUCGGGACACCCAGCACUCCUGCCUCUGGCUUCGGAGGAGUCAGUGCUUCCUUUGGUUCAUCCACCCCCGCCUUUUCCAUCGGGGCAGGAUCCAAGACGGGUGCUCGCCAGCGACUGCAGGCACGGAGACAGCACACCCGCAAAAAGUAA